GCCCAAGCUCGGCCGUGGGGAGGAGGCUGGGAGGAUGGAUCCCGGGUCCGGGACCGACGAGGCGCCGCUGGCCAGCCUGGUCUGGUCGUCGGCCUCGGCGCCCCCGCCGCGGGGAUUCAGCGCGAUCUCCUGCACCGUCGAGGGGGCGCCCGCCAGCGUCGGCAAGAGCUUCGCGCAGAAGUCCGGCUACUUCCUGUGCCUCAGUCCUCUGGGCAGCUUGGAGAAUCCGCAGGAGAACGUGGUGGCCGAUAUCCAGAUCGUGGUGGACAAGAGCCCCCUCCCCCCGGGCUUCUCCCCAGUCUGCGACCCCCUGGACUCCAAGGCCUCCAUGUCCAAGAAGAAACGCAUGUGCGUGAAGCUGGUGCCCCUGGGGGCCGCAGACACGGCUGUGUAUGAUGUCCGGCUGAGCGGGAAGACCAAAACGGUGCCUGGAUACCUGCGAAUAGGGGACAUGGGCGGCUUUGCCAUCUGGUGCAAGAAGGCCAAGGCUCCGAAGCCGGUGCCCAAGCCCCGAGGUCUCAGCCGGGACAUGCGGGGCCUCUCCCUGGACCCAGCCAGCCAGCCCAGCAAGAGUGGCUUUCCGGAGCGGACACUGUCAAGACUGGGCUCUCGGGCAUCUACCCUGCGGAGGAAUGACUCUAUCUAUGAGGCUUCCAGCCUCUAUGGCAUUUCAGCCAUGGAUGGGGUUCCCUUCACGCUGCACCCCCGAUUCGAGGGCAAGAGCUGUGGCCCCCUGGCCUUUUCUGCCUUUGGGGACCUGACUAUCAAGUCGCUGGCGGACAUUGAGGAGGAGUACAACUACGGCUUCGUGGUGGAGAAGACAGCAGCUGCCCGCCUGCCCCCCAGCGUCUCAUAGCCCUUACCCCACCCAGGGGAGAGCCCCCUGCCUGACACUCGCAGCCUUGCGGCCACCUGCCCCACCCGAUCUUGGGAACGUCCACGUGGCAGGGCAUUUCUGACCUUCAGCCACCUGUGGCCAGAGCUGCAGCCCUGGAGGAGGGGGUGGGAAGAGGCUGCUAGGUGGUGGGGCAUCCUGCCCCGGACUCUGCAGGGCAGGGGUCGGGGCUGGACAGAAACCAGUGCCUUCAAGUCAUUCGUGUCAAAACUCUCGGUGCCCGGAGGCAGGUGUCCUCCUGGUAAUAAACACUACCCUGUACCUAC